AUGACAAAGGUGGGAGACAAGGCUGGGAUUGAAUUGGCCAAGAACCUGGAGUUUAGAAAGGCUCUUAACAGUGCAGUUUGGGAUGAGACAUUGACUAUUGAAGAAUUCGAAAGCAAACGGCAAAAGGUAAUGGAAGAUUACAACCUCGUUAAUCAUCGGUGGUUUGCACAGCUGUAUGAGGCGUGUGCUUCAUGGAUACCCGCGUACUUCAACGACAUAUUUAUGACAGGACUACUCAAAACAACCUCUUGUUCCGAAGCAGAAAAUAGCUAUUUUGGUAGCUUUACGAACAACUACUGCACCCUGGUUGAAUUCUUCAUGCAAUUCAACAGCGCCAUAGAGGAGCAACGAUAUAAACAAGCUAAAUUGAGUGCGGAGUGUGAAGGAUCCUUCCCUGAAACAAAAACGCCUUUACCCAUUAAGCACCAAGCAACAACAUUGUACACCACUAACAUGUUCUACGAAUUCCAAACAGAGCUUUGGGAAGGUAGCUUUAACCACCAUAUCACGGCUAGGAGUAACACACGUGACGAGUGGACAUACACAGUGCUUGAAAAAGGAGGUAAACCGUUUGAGGUAACAAGACAUAAAGAUGUUGAGAAAACAGAUUGCAUGUGCAUGAAAUUCACCCGGUUGAGCAUCUUUUGUAGACAUGUGUUAUUAGUUUUCAAGACAGAAGAAAUGGAAGAAAUACCAGGACAAUAUAUUGUUACUCGAUGGACAAGAGACACGUGUACAAGGCCAGUGCACGAUAUUUGGUGGGCAAAACAUAACAACAUCCAAGCAGAGAAUGAGGCAAGAUCCGUUGCCAAUCAACUUUGGAAUGAAUUUUACACCUGCAUGGGUCUAGUAAAUGGUUGA